CAAAACCAAAAUCGAACAGUCGAUUCAAUUCAAUUCAAUUCGGUUUUAAACAGCCCGAUUAGGUUUAGGUAUUUUUUGGUUCCAGUUCUAAACCGACACCUUUACUUGUGGAGUUGUGGGGGAUAUAUUUGCUGUGAGUUGUGAGAAGCGAGUUGCGACAGCAAGAGAUAAUCCAUAAAAAUUUGCAAUAGCAUUCUUUGGUAUCAUGGUUGAGCAGACAAAGAGCACGCGAAGAUGUCAAUAUGGUGUGGUAGGAACCAGGCCAUCUCUCACCCUAUUUCGCUUACGACUUUCAUCAAGCACUUGGUGACCUCAAAGAAGACACCAAUCUGGCCUUACAACCGCACUAACAGGAAACCCAUAACUACCACCACUAUCAAAAGUCUCAGCUCUCCACACCUUGAAACCCUUACUUCCCGCCAAAAAGAGCAAAUCUCCGUCUACGCCAAUGCCCUUUUGGAAUGGAACCAGAGAAUGAAUCUUACUGCUGUGGCGGAGAUGGGCGAGGUCAUGACAAGGCACGUUGAAGACUCGCUAGCGAUCAUUCCUCCCAUCCAGAAUACGUUUCUCUCUCAUUGUAACUCUUCUUCAUGCGACAACCUCAACCUGGUUGACGUUGGCAGCGGCCCAGGUCUCCCGGGAUUAAUCCUCGCCAUUGCGUGCCCAAGAUGGAAAGUUACUCUUUUGGAAUCCAUGAAUAAACGUUGCCUCUUCUUGGAGCACGCCAUUAGUGUCACUGGUUUGACAAAUGUGCAAGUUUUACGAGCAAGAGCAGAGAGUGUGGGCCAGAAACUUGAAUUCAGAGAAGGGUUUGAUGUUGCAGUAGCAAGAGCUGUAGCAGAAAUGAGAGUUUUAGCUGAGUACUGCUUACCUCUGCUUCGUGUUGGUGGCUUGUUUGUGGCUGCAAAAGGCCAUGAUCCUCAGGAGGAAGUCAGAAAUGCAGAAAAAGCAAUUCAGUUGAUGGGGGCUUCCAUUCUGCAACUGUACACAGUGGAAUCACACAGCCCUUAUGGUCAGCGAACUGCCAUUAUUUGUUUAAAAGAACGGCCAACUCCAAAGAAGUAUCCCCGUGACCCUGGUACACCAACAAAGUCACCAUUGUAGACCAUACACAGUGGGACUUAUUGCUUUCUAUUUAUGGUCACUUGGAACUUUGAAAUGGACAAGAUGAGCCUUCAUUGUGCUCCUUGGGUAUUCUUGUUUGCUUGAUCAAAUCUGGAUCCAAUGGAGCUCACAUAAUUAUUAAAUGUUAGUUGUCCCCUAUUGUGACCUCUAUUCUUAUUGUUUGUUUGAUUUUUAUUGUUUUGGGUUCCAUUAAGAGUUUCUCAUCAGGUCAUUGAAAUUGUUUCCCUUUGUUCAUUGUGAUAGGGAUUGUCUUUCCACUGGUUAGGCAACCCCAUUCAUCAUAUUAGGAAGCUCUAAAAUUCUCUA